AUGCCACGCUGCUGUGCAACAAGUUCCCAGCGAACGCAUUUCAAUCGUGCAGCUUCCGUUUGGGAUGCCACGCUGCUGUGCGACAAGUUCCCAGCGAACGCAUUGCAAUCGUGCAGCUUCCGUUUGGGUGCCCUGCGGCUGUGCAACAAAUUCCCAGCGAACGAUGCAGCUUCCGUUUGGGGAUGCCACACGGCUGUGCAGCAAUCUCCAAGCGAUUGCAUUUCAAUCGUGCAGCUUUCUUUUGCGGAUGCCACGCGGCUGCGCAACAAUUCCCAAGCGAACGCAUUUCAAUCGUGCAGCCUUCGUUUGGGAUGGCACGCGGCUGUGCAACAAUUUCCACGCAGCCGCGAGAAACGUGAAAUUUCUGUUUGGGAUGCCACGCGGCUGUGCAACAAUUUCCGAGCAAGCACUUUGAAACGUGAAGCUUGCGUUUGGCAUGCCACGCGGCUGUGCAACAAUUUCCCAGCAGACGCUUUUCAAUCGUGCAACUUCCGUUUGGGAUGCCGCGCGGCUGUGCAACAAUUUCCCGGCGAACGCAUUGCAAUCGUGCAGCUUCCGUUUGGGAUACCACGCGGCUGUGCCACAAUUUCCCAGCGGACGCAUUUCAAUCGCGCAGCUCCUGUUUUGGACGUGGCUAUUCAAAAAUGUCCCAGCACAUGCACUUCAAUCGCGCAGCUUCCGCUUGGAAUUGUCCCAGAGAACGCAUGUCAAUCAUGCAGUUCCGUUUGGGUGUCACGCGGCCUGCACGCGGCUGUGCAACACUUUCCCAGUGAACGCAUUUCAAUCGUGCAGCUUACGUUUGGGGAUGCCGCACGGCUGUGCAACAAUUUCCCAGGGAGCGCAUCUCAACCGUGCAGCCUCCGUUUGGGAUGCUGCGCGGCUGUGCAACACUUUCCCAGCGAACGCAUUUCAAUCGUGCAAGUUCUGUUUUCGGAUGCCAACUCAUUUCUAUCACCGUUUGGGAUGCCACGCGGCCGUGCGAUUUUUUCCUUGCGGACGGAGUCCAAUGGUGCAGCUUCCGUCUGGGAUGCCACGCGGCUGUGCAAUUGUGCAUUGAUAUUCCAGCAAACGAACUUGAAUCGCGCAGGGUUUCGUUAG